CCUUGCAUUCUGUCUUCAGCCAGGCACCUCGCACCCUCCCAGCACCAUGCCUUACAACUGCUGCCUGUCCAACGUGAGCUGCCGCAGCAGCUGCUCCUCCCGGCCCUGCGUGCCCCACAGCUGCCAUGGCUGCACCUUGCCCGGGGCCUGCAACAUCCCCGCCAACGUGGGCAACUGCAACUGGUUCUGUGAGGGCUCCUUCAACGGCAGCGAGAAGGAGACCAUGCAGUUUCUGAACGACCGUCUGGCCAGCUACCUGGAGAAGGUGCGCCAGCUGGAGAGGGAGAACGCGGAGCUGGAGGCCCGCAUCCAGGAGCGGAACCAGCAGCAGGAGCCCUUGGUGUGUCCCAGCUACCAGUCCUACUUCCGGACCAUCGAGGAGCUCCAGCAGAAGAUCCUGUGCACCAAGUCUGAGAACUCCAAGCUGGUGGUGGAGAUCGACAACGCCAAGCUGGCUGCCGAUGACUUCAGGACCAAGUUUGAGACGGAGCUGUCCCUGCGGCAGCUGGUGGAGUCCGACAUCAACGGCCUGCGCAGGAUCCUGGACGAGCUGACCCUGUGCAAGUCUGACCUGGAGGCCCAGGUGGAGUCCCUGAAGGAGGAGCUGCUCUGGUAUAGUUCCCAGCUGUCCCAGGUGCAGUGCAUGAUCACUAACGUGGAGUCCCAGCUGGCCGAGAUCCGGGCUGACCUGGAGCGUCAGAACCAAGAGUACCAGGUGCUGCUGGACGUCCGGGCCCGGCUGGAGUGUGAGAUCAACACGUACCGGGGCCUGCUGGAGAGCGAGGACUGCAAGCUUCCCUGCAACCCCUGCGCCACAACCAACGCGUGUGGCAAGCCCAUCGGGCCCUGUGUUGCCAACCCCUGCACUCCCUGCGCGCCCCCUGCCCCUUGCACACCUUGUGUCCCGCGCUCCCGCUGUGGACCCUGCAACUCCUUCGUGCGCUAGAAUCCAGCAAAGCCAAAGGGGCAAGGACACGGGCUUGGGGCUCCAGAGUGUUGACCUGGCUCUGGUUCCUUCAAGAGAAAGGGCCUGAAAACACAGUGGAAAGACUGGCGCUACCCCAUGGAGGCACAAGAAACUCAUCCAAAGCCUCCAGCCACUCCAGCCUACUC